CCGCUACGCAGAAAAUCAAUAAACCGAGAUGUAUUCCUCUUUUUAAAAUGAGAACGUGACAAAACAUUAUUUAAUUCACCGAAGAAACCAUUUUUGUUUGAAAAAAUAUCUGUUGGGAUUUGAUGCUCAUUUUUUAUUUAUUUACAAAGUGAUGAGUAUUCUCAUAGUUACGGCGUGGUAAAACAACUUGCGCGUGUAUUUAUCAGAUUUGCUGCAAAUUAUAAGCUGUUAAAGGUUGUUGUAAACUGAAGAAAAAACCAAAUCCUGAUCCAUUCUCAUAGUAGAAAUGGAGGAAAUGAACGGGGAGCUUUAUGGUGAUGGUUUAGUUAGUCUUGGAGAUGAGGGCUCUUUGGAAUCCAAUGAUAACGGUAAACAUGAGCAGGAUUGCAAAAUUUGCGACAAUAAGUUGUGCAGUCCACGUGUAUUGUCUUGCCUUCAUGUAUUCUGUGAAGCCUGCAUUGACAAGUUGAUGGUUAAUGAAGCUGGUGAUUCACUUAAAUUUGAUUUGGCUGUAGAAUGUCCAAUAUGUAAACAGGAAACAAAGAUGUUGGGUGGUGGAGCUGCUUCACUUCCUUCAGACUAUGUCCUCACAAACAUAUUGGAUGUUUCUACCAUGGAUCAAUCGGUCGUCUGUACUUGUUGCAAGAGUAAGGAACCAGCAGUUGCCAGGUGUACUGAUUGUUCGCAUUUUCUCUGCUCGAAUUGUAAUUCUGCCCAUGAAUUUAUGAGAUGCUUUGAAAACCAUCGUGUUGUGCCAUUUGAUGCCCUAAGAUCUUCUAAGGAGAAAACGGCUGUUCACAAGCCUAUUUUCUGUACCCGACAUGCUGGAGAAAGUCUUAAAUUUUAUUGCUGUGAGUGUGAAGUAGGUGCUUGCACUGAAUGUUUAACAGUGGACCAUAAAGUGGGAGAACAUCGCUGCGAACGUAUUGUCGACGCGGAACAAAAUAUUCGCGCAGAAUUAAGAAAUUUCAUCGUAGAAGCUAACACUCGCGCUGCCACAGCUGGUAGUGCAUCUGCUAAACUUGAUGAUGCAUUAGGGGACUUGCAACGUCAGCGUGAUGAUGCCGAGAGUGUUAUCAACGAGGCUUUCCGUGCUUAUCAAACAGCUCUUGAAAGAAGAAGAGAUAAAGCUCUCGAAGAGCUUGAACGUCUACACAAAGAAAGAGAGUUGAAAGUAAUGGAUCUCUUUGAUCGUGUAGACAAAACUGUGCAACGAAUUGAUUGUGCAUGUAAAUUCACAGCCAGACUUUUGCAUUGUGGAGAUGGCACUGAAAUUGUUAUGUUGAAAAAAACGGUAACCAGUCAAUUUGCACGAUUAUUGGAAGGCGCACCUGAGUUUGAUGUUAAUUAUUCAGUGGAGUUCAUUAGCAAAAUGGAUAGCUUUGAUGCGAAUGUCAAUGACACUUUUGGCACAUUCCGUACCGAAGCAACUAUAGCUGAAGAAAGAAAACGUGCCAGCGAAUCUUCUGCCAUUGCAUCCAUACCGUCAAAUUCACAUUCACCUGCUGUAUCUGUAACGAACGCGCCCGUUUUCGAUGAUUUCCCUCCCAUUGGCGUCCGACGCGUGACUGGAGUGUCUGGCGUCGGUAGCAUGGUUGGCGUUCCCGGAGUUGGAGUGGGCGGCAUGGGCGUGGGACCAGUGCCUGGAGUGGGUGUCACUAACACGAGCGUCAUUCCUGGAGGCGUUAAUCUCAAUAACGUUGCAGGCGUUGGUGGUGUUCCUCCUCUCACUUCUAUGGUUGAGUACAAUUUGCAACAGUUGGCGAGUAUAGCUGAAAAAGACGUACCACCCCCUCAGCACACAUCACCUGCUCCUUCUUUUACAUUGGCCGAGUUAUUAGCUGGCGAUCUGAACUCUUCUCAAGCAUAUAACAAUCUUCAAGCUCUUGCUAAACUGGGUUUGAACACUGAAGUUAAUGGCUUCGGGGGUGUAGGCGGAGUCGGUGGGGUCGGUGGAAUGGGUGGAGUGGGUCCUCGAGGGGUAUCGCCGGGAAGACCACUGCUCACACCUGCUGAGGAAGCUGCACUUGUAGCGCCCCCGGCACCCCUAGUUCGUGCUACCAAAGCUACACCUAUGCAUAUCAGAUUUAAAUUUGGACAACUCGGAGGUGGCAAAGGACAAUUUAAUUCACCUCAUGGCUUCUGUCUCGGAAACGAUGAAGAUAUUAUUGUUGCCGACACUAACAAUCACCGCAUAACAGUCUUCGAUAAGUCGGGCACUCACAAGUUUAACUUUGGCAAUGCGGGCAAGGAAGAGGGUCAAUUAUGGUAUCCCCGAAAAGUAGCAGUUGUUCGCGCUACUGGAAAAUUCGUUGUGUGCGAUCGCGGUAAUGAAAGAUCACGAAUGCAAAUUUUCACCAAAAAUGGACAUUUUCUGAAGAAAAUAGCGGUGCGGUUCAUUGAUAUCGUCGCUGGUUUGGCUGUUACUGCUGAGGGAUUGAUUGUCGCGGUUGACAGUGUCACACCAACUGUAUUUAUACUUUCUGAAGAGGGUGAACUCAUGAGUUGGUUUGAUUGCAGUGAGUGCAUGCGAGAACCAUCUGAUAUUGCCAUCAGUGGCAAGGAAUUUUACGUCUGCGAUUUCAAAGGUCACUGCGUUGUUGUAUUCGACGAAGAUGGCCGUUUCCUACGUCGUAUCGGCUGCGAGAACGUGACCAAUUUCCCGAACGGCAUCGACGUUUCGGACGCGGGAGAUGUACUGAUCGGAGACUCGCACGGCAAUAAGUUCCACGUUGCUGUAUUUUCUCGUGUUGGCGUGCUCGUCACUGAAUUUGAAUGCCCUUAUGUAAAGGUUUCGCGUUGCUGCGGUUUGAAAAUAACUUCUGAAGGAUACAUUGUUACUCUGGCUAAGAAUAAUCAUCACGUUCUGGUCCUCAACACCCUUUACAUUGUUUGAGGAGAAAGUCGUUGGCUGUAAGUCUGCAUACUACAAGAUCUCACAUUUAUUCCCUAUAUUUUAUAAUAAUUGCUGUUUUACAAAGCUUCAAUUUUUUUGCUAAACCAGUAUUUGACUACUUUGUUAUUUUAUGUUAAAUUUCAUGUUAGUAUCAUUUAACACUGACCACAUGCAGUGAACGAGUACGAAAAAGAUGUUUCGAUAAUGUAAUUAUUACAGUUUUCGCAAUGUAUUAAUUUUCGAUGUUUCUUUCACUGCUGUGGAGACAAGUCAUAUAUUUCCAAAGUAAUGUUUUCGUGCGUGUUUGGGUUGAUUCAAGUCCUAAUAUUAUUUUAUGAUUGCAUUUAGUUAUAGUAACAGAAAUCCAAAGGUUAGUAUAAUAUUAUAUAUUUUUAAAUAAGUCGAUUUUUUUCAAGUUUAGUUAUAUUUGGUCAUGGAAGGUCUGUUUUCAUCAUCAUUGAAUCUGAACUAGGAUUGAAGUCGCAAUAUAAUAUUUCUUUCGCCAUCAUCACAAAAAGUGAAGACUUCAAAUAUUUAGAUCUAGGUGAAUUUAAUGUUGAGUUAAUAAGACCCCUGUGAAACUUUUAAUACCAUAACCAAAUUUAACGUAACGAGUUCCCAUCGGCAGGGCUAUAUUUCGUUUCUAAAUUUAGCAGCUGGUAUGGUUCCUAGUUCGAGUGAAGAUAAAAAAAAUGUCAAUUAGGGGAUUGCGUGAGUGUCGUCCCGAAAAUUAAUAUAUACGAAAAAGAUAUUUUAUUAGAAACAAUAUACGUACGUUUUAAAGGAUACUAAAAUUAUUAGUGAGAUUAGUGUUUGCUUGAACAAAUAUUACGCACAAUUGAGUUUGAAAAAAAUUGAAAAUUGUAUAAUAUUAUGAC